GGCUGGGCUGCCGGGCAGCGGCGCGGGGCAACGGGGCACGGCACGGCGAAAGCAGCCGCGGGCAGCACGAGGCCGUCCGGCCCCAGGGCGGGCACCGGGCACUCCGCCGGGGCGGGACGAGGAGAAGCUCAGGGCCGGUGCCGCCGCGGGGCCGGGGCGGGGCUGCUCCUCCCCGCGCGGGCCGGGCGGAGCGGGCGCUCGGUGCGGGCGCUCGGCGCCGCUCUCGCCAUGCGGGCGCUGCUGCUCCCGGCGCUGCUGCUGCCGGCGUUGGCCGCGGCGCGCGGCGCCGUCACGGCGCUGGGUGAGGACCAGGUUCGGAUGACCUCGGAGGGCUCUGACUGCCGCUGCAAGUGCAUCCUGCGCCCGCUCAGCAAGGACGCCUGCAGCCGCGUCAGGGAUGGCAGCGCACGUGUGGAGGACUUCUACACUGUGGAGACAGUGAGCUCAGGGGUUGACUGCAAGUGCUCCUGCACUGCGCCGCCCUCCUCACUCAACCCCUGUGAGAACGAAUGGAAGAUGGAGAAGCUGAAGAAGCAGGCACCUGAGCUCUUCAAGCUGCAGUCUAUGGUGGACCUACUGGAGGGAACGCUCUACAGCAUGGACCUGAUGAAGGUGCACUCCUACAUCAGUAAGGUGGUGGCCCAGAUGAACACGCUGGAGGAGACCAUCAAGACCAACCUGAGCCGGGACAACAACAUCAUGAAGGAGAGCGUCCUGCACCUCGCCGACCAGAUGAAGCGUUAUGAGAACUACUCUGACAUCAUGAUCAGCAUCAAGAAGGAGAUCUCCAACCUGGGCUACCAGCUGCUGCAGAAGGACGCUGCUGCCGCUCCCGACAGCAAAGCACAGGACACAGCAGGCAGCCGUGGGAAGGAGGCGGCGCGGUUCCCUGCUGUCCGCAAGGCACUGCCUGUCCGCACACCCAAGGAGAAACCACUAAAGCCUGAGAAGCCUAAGAAGGAAAAUGCCAAGAGAGGGGGCCCGCAGCCCACGGCCAAGGCCAAGCUGCCUGCGCAGCAGCAGACCGUGGUGCGGGGCAUCACCUACUACAAGGCCGGGCAGGUGGAAGAGGUGCAGAGGGCGGCCGGCAGCCGUGAGAGCACUGCCAGGGUGGUGGCCGUGCCCGAGCGGCAGCAGGAGCGGGGCCUCGCGGACACCCCGGCUCAGCCUAGCACACGUGCAGAGCCCCCAGUGCCCCACACCACAGCUGCACCCAGCACUGCCCCGGCCCCGCGCACCACUGCCCACAGCCACCCUGGCACCGCGCACGGGGAUGGAGCUGUCAGCACCGGGGGCCCUGAAGUGCCCAACAGAGUGAAGGAGGUGGAGUGCGAAGGCACCAUCCGCUCAGUGGACCCCCCCACGGAGCACCACAGCUACGGGCGCAAUGAGGGGGCCUGGAUGAAGGACCCGGCGGCCAAGGAUGACCGCAUCUAUGUCACCAACUACUACUAUGGCAACAGCCUGGUGGAGUUCAGGAGCCUGGAGAACUUCAAGCAGGGCCGCUGGAGCAACCUCUACAAGCUGCCUUACAACUGGAUCGGCACCGGACACGUGGUGUACCGCGGCGCCUUCUACUACAACCGCGCCUUCACCAAGAACAUCAUCAAGUACGACCUGAAGGAGCGCUAUGUGGCGGGAUGGGCCCUGCUGCAUGACGUGGUGUACGAGGACACGACACCCUGGAAGUGGAGGGGGCACUCAGACAUCGACUUUGCAGUGGAUGAGAGCGGGCUCUGGGUCAUCUACCCUUCGGCGGACGACGACUACACGCAGCAGGAGGUGAUCGUGCUGAGCCGCCUGGACCCCGGGGACCUGUCAGUACGCAGGGAGACCACCUGGAGGACGGGGCUGAAGCGCAACGCCUACGGGAACUGCUUCAUCAUCUGCGGCAUCCUGUAUGCCGUGGACACCUCCAGCCAGAAGGAGGGGCAGAUCUCUUAUGCUUUCGACACACACACAGACACCGAGGCAGAGCUGCGGCUGCCCUUCUUCAACGAGUAUGCCUUCACCACACAGGUUGACUACAACCCCAAGGAGAAGGUGCUCUACGCCUGGGACAACGGCCACCAGAUGACAUACCGGCUGCACUUUGUGGUCUGAGUGCUGGCCAGGGCCGCGGGGACAGCCCAGCUCCCCAAGAGCCCUCUCCACCCAGAAGCCCCACAGUGUGCAGCACACUGGGGCCGGGCUGGGGGAGCGCCGGGGUGAGGGGACACCCCCACGACAUGGUGGCUGCUGGGCCACGUCCCACCUCCGGCGGCUCUGGAAGCCCUGGGGCAGGGCGAGGAGCAGAGCCCUGUGGGUCCCCACACCAGGCGCCCACCCCAGCACCGAGUGGCUGCACCCAGCCUGGCCCCGCUCCUGCUGCAGCUCUGGGUGCUCUUGGCCCAGGGACCACGUCCUGCAGGGCGGGUGCAACUUGGGUGCUGCCUCGCUGGGAGGAACAGCCACUGAUUGCUAUUUUAGAAGACGCGAUUAAGAUGCCUUUGCUUUUGCAGCCCGUUAGCUUGUUAUUUAAAUGCAUUCACAGGAGCUGUGCGCUGGCACAGCAGCAUUGGUGUGACGCUCUGCCCUGCCUGAACCCAGCACCCAACACCAGGCUGGGAUGGGCCAGGGAGCUGCAGCCUUUGUGCUCCUCCCCAGCAGGGCAUUGCUUGGCUUGGUUUCUGUCAAUUUAGAAGUGAACAGUAUUAAAAAGUAACAGAUAAAUA